GAGUAAGUUGAUAGACACAACAUGACGGCAAUUUGCAUUAAGUGAGGGAUGAUCCCAUAAAAACAAGGUGAUGUUGCUUGGACAGGAGCCGGACGUUAAAAACUCACCCGAGGCUCCGUGUCUCUGAUAUCGUGUUUGCUCAAUAUAUUUCGUCCCUCGUUGCAGGGUCCAACUCGACAAAAUAGAUGGUUUCCAGGCUGGGGAGAUGAGGGAGAAGACGAACAGAGCGAGAUACCGAGUAUAUGGUGUUUAUGAGUAAAGACAGUUCGGAAUGUGUGUGAGAAAUGCUGGACGCGCCUCGGACUUGCAGUCUGACGGCUUGUGCAGUUCUGUACAGUCAGCAGUAAAAAUGGGUGACUAGGUGACAUACAGCCAAUGGAUGCCGAAAUAUUAAUGGGAAAGUGCUACCCAGAGUGCAUGGGGAGGGGUCACAGUGCUGGAUCCUCGGCCUUGGUAGGCGAGCCCGUCCCUAAUAUUUCGCGCGGCGGGUACCUAGCCAGCUACCUAGCGGGAGCAUAAAAAGUCCCCUGAAUUGGUUGGCUGGGACACGGCUGGCGAUCACACCUGACAUGGAAACUUCAAGUUCAUUGUUCCAUCAUAUACCUACCUACCUCUUCCCCGGCCAUCCUCCCCCGCACACCAUAUGCACCUCUGGCCAACUUUGGGUCCUCGGAAUGCCAACCAUCCCUUUGAAUCUGGCAGGUAUCACAAGUUGUUCAUCUCUUCCCAUCCCACGUCGUCAACGACUCCCCGCUCGUUUCAUGUUGAGGUUGGCGCUUCCUGUUGCUGCUGCCACGCAAGCAACGUUCCUCACUUCCGCUUGAGGUCAUCCCCAAGAUAGGGAACCACGGGACCAGUAGGCACGACGGGCGGGCUAGGUGAAGGAUCAUCAUCCUGUCUUUGAGACAUUCCUAGGUUCAUCGCCGAUCAUUGUCUUGACUGUAGUUAUAUGCCUCGACCUCGGCACUUGAGCAGUCAUAGUAGUAUCUUGGCUAGAAGCAACUGAAGUGGCUCGACAAACAGCAGCAAGACAUGGCGCAAUCGCCCGUGACCCCCGUCGGCUCAAGUCUAGGACUUGGGGACGAUAAAAGCUUUUCAAAGGCUGGAGUCUCAAGCGAUCCAGGCGAUGGCGAGGCCAGCGACCGUCUUGACGUUGACGCCAGCCAUAGCGAGGAUGGCGACCACUCUAACGGACUGUAUGCCCAUCGCGAGAUGUCCUUGACCGCAGAGGAAAGGAAAGCCGAAAAGAGGUUCCUUCUCAAGAUUGACUUUAUUAUCUUACCUUUAAUUGCAUCCAUUUACUUUCUCGCUGCACUGGACCGAAGCGAUGUUGGCAAUGCGGCCGUGGCCGGCAUGACAGCCGAUCUGAACUUGACCGCCGCAGAGCUCAGUUUCUGCGUGGCCUUCUUCUACAUUGGUUUCUUGGCCUUCCAGCUUCCCGGCUCCAUCAUGGUCAGGCUGUUGACGCCCCCUAUCCAACUGGGCACUGCAUUGGUCAUCUGGGGCGGUGCCACCGCCAUCAUGACAGAAGCAAACACCUGGCAAACCAUCGCCGGUCUCCGCAUAGUAGUCGGUUGCUUCGAAGCAUUCAUCCAAGGCGCCCCGUUGUACCUUACUUUUUGGUACAAGCCCCACGAGCUCGCCACCCGCGGCGCAAUCUUCAUGUCCAUGACGAGCCUGGCCGGGAGCAUGAAUGGCUUGAUAGCGUAUUCCAUUCAGACGACCAUGGAGGGUGCCCACGGUCGGAGGGCCUGGCGGUGGAUUUUCCUUAUCGAGGGUGUGGCGUCUGUUGGGUUUGGGGUGCUCAUCUUUUUCAUCCUGCCCAACACGCCGGAGAAGGUGAAGAGGUGGUUUACCGAGGAGGAGAAGAAGAUUGCGCUGAGGAGGACGAAGGAGGCGUAUAAUAUCCCGAACACGAAGAUUAGUUUGGGGCAGCUGAAGGCGACGGUUAGGGAUCCGAAGACGUGGUUUUAUUGUGUCAUCAACCUCGCCGCUGCCAUCAGUCAAGCAGCAUGGGGCCAGUUCUUGCCUGUGCUGCUCAACCUCAACGGGUACACCCCCAACGAAGCCCAAAUCAUGUCCAUUCCUGUCUAUGUCUGCGCGGGAGUGUCGGCAAUUGCGUGCGGGUACCUUUCCGAUCGCUUCCGCAUGAGGGGCAUCUUUGUUAUCGUCGGGCUACUCGUUGCCGCGGCAGGAUGGCUUGUUCUCAUCCUCAGCAAGAACCAACAGCUCUCCUACGCGGGCACAUACUUUGUCGGCAUUGGGUCGUCACCAUGUGUGAUUGUUAUGUUGGCAUGGAUGAAUAACAAUGUCCUGGGCUACACGAAGAAAGCGGGAACACUAGCCAUAGUCAACAUGAUCGGCCACCUAGGCGCCAUCGGCGUUUCUUUCUCCUUCAACAACAAGCCUGAUUACUACCUUGGGAAGUCACUGGCCAUGGGAUCAGCGCUCAUUGCGACCUGCACGACUAUUCUGUUCUUCUUUUACCUGGAUCGACAAAACGCGCGGAAGCUGGCGAAUAAGGACACGGUGGAGGCGCGGAUGCUGAGGCAGAAGACGGUGGAGGAGGUGUUUGAUGGACAUCCGGAUUUCAUGUAUUCGAAGUAG